AUGAAAAGUAACCUACUGUAUCUACGUGUGACUGAGAGUAACCUCCUGUAUCUACGUGUGACUGAGAGUAACCUCCUGUAUCUACGUGUGACUGAGAGUAACCUCCUGUAUCUACGUGUGACUGAGAGUAACCUCCUGUAUCUACGUGUGACUGAGCGUAACCUCCUGUAUCUACGUGUGACUGAGCGUAACCUCCUGUAUCUACGUGUGACUGAGCAUAACCUCCUGUAUCUACGUGUGACUGAGAGUAACCUCCUGUAUCUACGUGUGACUGAGAGUAACCUCCUGUAUCUACGUGUGACUGAGCGUAGCCUCCUGUAUCUACGUGUGACUGAGCAUAACCUCCUGUAUCUACGUGUGACUGAGAGUAACCUACUGUAUCUACGUGUGACUGAGAGUAACCUCCUGUAUCUACGUGUGACUGAGAGUAACCUCCUGUAUCUACGUGUGACUGAGCGUAGCCUCCUGUAUCUACGUGUGACUGAGCAUAACCUCCUGUAUCUACGUGUGACUGAGCAUAACCUCCUGUAUCUACGUGUGACUGAGAGUAACCUACUGUAUCUACGUGUGACUGAGAGUAACCUACUGUAUCUACGUGUGACUGAGCAUAACCUACUGUAUCUACGUGUGACUGAGCAUAACCUUCUGUAUCUACGUGUGACUGAGAGUAACCUACUGUAUCUACGUGUGACUGAGAGUAACCUACUGUAUCUACGUGUGACUGAGAGUAACCUCCUGUAUCUACGUGUGACUGAGCGUAGCCUCCUGUAUCUACGUGUUACUGAGAGUAACCUACUGUAUCUACGUGUGACUGAGAGUAACCUACUGUAUCUACGUGUGACUGAGCGUAGCCUACUGUAUCUACGUGUGACUGAGCGUAGCCUACUGUAUCUACGUGUGACUGAGCAUAACCUACUGUAUCUACUUGUGACUGAGCGUAGCCUACUGUAUCUACGUGUGACUGAGCGUAGCCUACUGUAUCUACUUUUGUGAAGCAUGACUGCUUAGAGGGAGGGCAGAACAGGUCUGAGCUGAGCUUCUCUGUCCCAAUGGUUGUGAAAACACUAAAAUUGACCUGUCUACCAUCGUGCUCCAUGUAAGCAGUCGGCAACUGUUUUGUAUGUAUAUAAAUAAGUCUAAGAAAAAUUCCUAUUCCUCAUCAAGUAGUCAGUCUAUGGUGUUAUACCUUGAUGGACUAUGUAGCAUCUUAAUAAUUUAAAUGAAUAAAGACCCUACCUAAUUC